CGGGAGAACAGGGCGAGCACGGUUAAUCACGUGAUAUGAUGGAACCCGAAGAGCCAUUUUGGAACAUCAAUUCUUCUAAAAUCGUACCAAUUGUACGAUCGAUAUUACGACUCGCAACAGCUUCUUUUUACUACCGCUGAAACUGCGCCGAUUGUCACCAUGUCCACCUACCCGAGUCUCGCACCUUUCAUAAUCAAGCGACCGUGGCUGACGAAGCUGCUCACGCCUGUCGCCAAUUGGUACUCCAAUGCCGCCGGCUACCGCCAGCUUGGUCUUCGAGCUGAUGACCUGAUUUGCGAGGAGGAUGAGCGAGUCAUUAAGGCGUUGAAGCGCCUGCCGCCGAAAGAGGCCUACGAUCGUGUAUACCGACUUCGACGUGCAUUCCAAUGCAGUUGCACACACAAACUGCUACCCAAGGAGGAAUGGACGAAGGAUAGCGAGGAUGUUCCCUAUCUACAACCAUUGAUCGAUCAGAUCCACGCUGAAGAAAAGGAGAAGGACGCCUUGGAUUCCAUGACCGUUAUUCGAAGCCAUUAAACUGAGUGGGUGCAAAUUAAACCAGACGAGCAUAACAGCAAACUUGUACCAUAAAACUUGCUUUAAAAAGAGGAAUAAAAUGGUUGGACAGGCUCGCCAGCAGUAGAGUCCAGGUGUAGCAAUAAUUUGAACAUCACAGAACGCCACAUCGUGUCUGUAUGUGCCUAGACCUUUUCCCCCUUUCACCGAAGCCGUACGAUUCUAGUCCGGGCGUUGACGGCUCACAUUACUCCAUAUUUGGGACCUGGCUCGGUGAACUGCAAUGCAGAUACUACAAUGCAGAUACUACAUACAUAGAUGAACCUACAAGCUCAUGCUUUCAUAAACUUAUCCC